GGUUAUCACUAUAUUAAUUUAAAAAUAAUUUUUUUUCUUAUCUGCUUAAUAAGAAUAAUAUAAUCAAAACUAAAAGUCAUGUGUCUUAUCUAAACAAAUAUAAUAGGAAUUGGGACUUGUACUUGGAAUGUUGUAUUAACAUAAUUUUCAGUGAACAAUAUGACAAGACGUAGUAUCUGAGUUAAUAGGCAACGUGAAAAAUGGCGCCGACUUUGUACAUGUCUGAAGUGAGUCCGGCCUGUAGGGCCGUCAUGAUGACCGCGAGGACUUUGGGGUUGACCCUUAAGGUUAAAAAAAUUGAUUUGAGCAAGAAGGAGCAGCUGACACCACAUUUUAUCAAGAUUAAUCCUCAGCAUACCAUUCCAACAUUAAUAGACAACGGGUUCGUGACUUGGGACAGUCAUGCCAUCAUAUCGUUCUUAGUAGGAAAAUAUGGAAACGACGACGAACUCUAUAGCAAAGACGUCAUGGAGAGAGCACUUAUUGACCAAAGGCUACAUUUUGAUUCAUCCGUUGUUGGAAACUUUAUUAGGACUGUUUUGAAUCCAGUACUGUACGAAGAUAAACAAAUAAAAAUCGAGGACCACAAAGAAGAGAUCCAUAAAAUUUACGCUCUAAUGGAGAAAUUCCUGCGUAGCUUUCCAUGGAUCGCCGGUAAAAAGAUCACUAUCGCCGACAUGAGUCUGAUUCCUUCCAUAACCUCUUUGAACGUCAUCAUGCCAAUUAAGAGCGACGAGUAUCCGAACCUGACGAGCUGGAUCCACAGAUCCGAAAAUUUACCGUGUUUCAUGGAAAACCAGAAUGGACUGAAUCAAUUACGCGACUUGUUGCAGAGUCGGUGUUGUUGUUCCUGUUAGGGGUUUGGGGAUAAUAUUAUUGAAUUUUUAUAUAAUGUCUUUGUUUUAUUUUAGAAAUAAGUUUUUGUCUGUAUAUAUUGAUUAUAUAAACGUAUUUUAUUAUAAAUAUAAUGUGUUAUUUAGUAA